AUGGCGGGUAUUCCGUCGCGGCGUAGCCCGUCUACUCAUCUAAUGCUAAUUAGUCAAGGAAAUCUUAGUGGCUACAACAUGCGUAGCGCCGUAGUGUCUUGGCUGGCUAGGGAGCCGUCCCCUGGUCCCUCAAGCUUAGCCUCAGAGAACGGGCUCAAGCGACUUAUUUACGCUUCGAAGAACCCGCCCAGUGCCCACAAUAACAUACCCCAAGUGUGGGCUGUUCAAGAUUGGGUCAUAGGCAAGCUCUCCACUUCGACGAAUCAGGGAGGUGGCGGAGUUAUGGCGUGGAAGCCAUCCGACAGUAUACCGCAAAUGGGAAGCCUGCAGCCGUCAUCGAUUACCCCUUUUAGUAGAAAAAGAGAUUAUCUGCAAGGAGGUAUGCAGACUUAUGUCUCGGGCACAGUUGAACAGACUAAACUGUCCACACUGGACCGGACCGGAACUGCGCUCGGGCUCAGAUCGUCCGACGGGGAUACUGAAGGCAAGGCUGAUUCGGGUUCGGAUUCGAAUUCGACACCUGAUCUAUCACCUACUGAUAAUUUUGAUGAUGGCGCAGGCAAACAAUCACAGUGCAUGUUUCAUGUGCUAGGCACACAACAGGCCUUUCCACAGGUUUUGCGAGUCGAGAUGAGUGAUGACCAUCUCGCGUGGUACAGAGUUCACCAAACCCUCGGGGUGCGGAUCAUCAGAUCCUACCUCGAUGUCAUCGAUACCUUUGUGUUUUCAGUCGAUCCUCUCAUGAGCUUCCUGGAUAUGGAUAAGCAACGGGCUGUGAACCUGUGGGUUGUCAUGGAAGCGUUUCAGAAUCAUCAGCAACAAGGGCAGUUUUUUUCCGACGACGCAAUGAUGACUGCAGAAGCUAUCGUCACUCUGCAUGGGGGUGGUGGAGGAGGAGGCAAUUGGCACAUGACAGCUCUCGAUCGUCUAGUACCGAUCAAGAAUCACAUCUGUGGGUGGGUACUCUGUAGUACCGUCAAGUCAUUCAGUCCAUCUCCUAACGUACCAGUCGUUAUUGACCCUGUUCUGCCGCCUCGAGCCUUCAUGGUAGCACAAGCCGCCGGUGGGCAGGGGGCCAGUCCAGGGCUGCUAACCCAGUGGGACGGCGUAUUCCGUGCUAGACUUCGUAUCCUUGCUAUCAUCAUUUGUCUCGAUCGCGUCCCAUCAAUUUGUAUACCGUAUACACAGGCAGAAUAUUUCAGAAAAGAAUUCGGGCAAAGAUUCUUAGGUGCAAUGAGAGCCAAUGAAGCCAAGCCGAUUAUCAUGGCUGGCACUCCAAUGGACAUACACAAACAUGGUCUUGUCCUAGUGAGAAGAGGUGGGAGAAUUGAUCACCCUGCCCGAGAGCCAAUAUGGGCUGCGGGCGGCCUUGGUGUCAUGGCGAUGCAUGAUGGACUUGGUGUCUAG